UCGCUUGUCGUCCCCCCUCGCAUACAACAUUGAAACACCGCUAACGCCAUCCUCCCUUCCGCUCCUCCGCCCAAAAUCCCGUCCUGGAAUUUACUCGCGGGUCAGGUAAUGUUCAUCGUUAUCAUACACACCUCCUGGGGUUGGCCGGGCCACCUCCUAAAUAGGCCUGAUGUGUGGCUUCCGCACAAGCGUAUAAAUGGCAGGAAAAAUGGGCCUCUACGCUCAUUCACUCACUACAUCCCUCAUCCUCAUCUCCCUUCUAAUCAUCACAAUGAACGCGCCCCAGCCUGAUCACACAUAUGUCGCCCACGCUGAACUGGUCGCGCUCAGCGCGCGGUUCUUAGACCAUAUACACUAUAACGAUGCGGCUCUGGUGACCUUCGUUCCGAAUGGCUUAUCCAAUGUCAUUUCGAACACGUUCCGAAUCGGGAACUUCCACCGCAAUGUCGCAAUAGCCACACUGUACCUUGUCGAUAAAGUCAAGACAAAAUGCCCCGAGCCUGUGUUCCAGUCCGCCACAGACUGCUUUCUUGCAGCCUUGACCGUGGCGCAAAAGGUCUUGAUGGACCACAACUGGAAUAACGCGGCCAUCGCGACCAUGGCUAGGCAAGGCCACACGCGCGAGAAGGUCGGCGAACUGGAACGAACCCUGCUCACAGCGCUCGAAUAUGCAGUCACCAUCCCGGCGCAGGAGCUGAAAGUCUUUGAGCGGUAUGUGGAAAAACACUUCGGCCAUACACUCGUGUUGGUCCUGCGUGCGAGGCGCGUCGAAAUACUCCAGCCUGGCGUGUGGCCGGACGGCUCCCUCGCACAAUACAACGCCAUUUUGGCCGCGGCGCGUAGGCAAUCGAGGAGCGCGCGCAUCGUCGUGCCCUCGGCAUCUCAACGCGCGUACUUUGAACAAAUUCUCGUGCUCCGUGCGCAGCGAUUUCCGUCGCGGUACGCGAAUGAAUGUCUAUGUGCAUUCUGCUCGCCACCGAAUGGCAGCGGCGGAUGGGCGUGACACUGCUGACGGUCCAAUAUGUGCACCAAGGAUGGACGGUUACGUGGUACAUAUGUACGAUAUGUACGAUAUAAUCGCAUAUACUUAUGGACUCACUCUACGUAGUUGAGGACGUUGGAAUCAAUACUUACUGUACCUGCGCAUCCGUUGUCUCUGUGCCAUUUGCUCCUUGCCUGUGUAUUGCCUCCUGUCGUACAUAUAUGUAUGUAGUCAAUCAUAUUGUCUCUGCCGGACCAAGCUGUGCGAACCUAUGGCUGUCUCCAGUCCUCCCGAGCAAAUAAACCAACGCGACGUGAAGCCUGUGGAUGCGACAGAGCUCUGGGACCU